AUCAACAUCACACAACAAAGCACUCGAGGACCCGUCCGUGUACCGCUGAUUUAGCCCACGUGCGACUGUGUGUGUGUGUGUGCGAGAGGGAUCCCCCAUAAGCAUAACGGUAUUCGGUAUUCGGUGCUCCGUAUUCGGUAUAGCGGCCAUAUCUUGGGGCUGUCGGAAUCGGAACUGAACUAUUCGCUCGCUCUCCGCCGUCGCGACCGCUCUCUUAUCCCAAUUGACAGCCCGCUAAGAUCAUAAAGGCCGUAAAAUAAUCAUAACAAUAAUCGUAAAAAAUUAGAACCGCAAUCAGUCGCACAUUGGCCCUCGUACGGCGCAGAUCGUCAUAAACCCCCAUGAUAUUAUAAUAAUAAACGUAAUCGUUGUCGUUAUCGUUAUCGCAUAAACACCCAACGAAAACAAAGCCAAGCACCCAGAGAAAUUGUAAUUGAAUUUCGCGCGCGUUUCUUUUUAUGAUGUUCGAGUGUCUGGCCGGUGUCUGGAUUGAUAUUCACCCACUAAUUGUGCAAUACUACUACAACUAAUGGAUCUGGGCUGACUGUGCUGCAGAGAAGAGUUCGCGUUCCAAUUGAUCAAGCCAAAUCCUACUACCUAAGUGUUUAUCUAUUCUUAAAUUCGUAUCGUGCACCGAAAACUCGAAUCUGUAGAACAACGAUUUCUAGUCCCCCGCAAAUCGAGCAAUAUCUACACACUAACAACAAACAAAAGCUAAGGCUUCCAACUCAAACCGCAACACAAAUUCAACAGAAAUAAAACGUAGACAGCCAAAAACAACAAACAAAAAACAAAAAAUCAGAAAACGAAAAACCAUAAAACGGAAAAAGAAUAAGGAGAAGAAAAAGUUUCGUUUCCACUGCGGGCAAAGUUUUUAUUUUGGCGCACGUGCAAGCUACCGUUAGCUGAGAAAUUUAAAAAGCCGACAGGAUUGAAGGAUAAGCGCACGUUAUUGGAUUUAAAAGUGCAAUUUUGGAUUAACCCAGCUGUAAAUGGUCAACAAUCGCGGACUACUUAUAUGGAUUACGGGGAUUUAGCUGCGCAUUCGUCGAAAAAGAGUUUCAAAAUCAAAAUUGAGGAAUACCAACUAGAGGAUAAGGCUACUUAAGGAUCAAAGAACACCAAGGAGAGGAGAUUUUCUACCAAAUCGAGAGACGAGGAGCAGGUUAAUUUCGUCAUUUUUGGCCAAGACAGCAAACAGAGGAACAGCAAAGCGGAAAUCAUUUUAUACCUCACACAACAACUACACACUAACUAAGAUUAGGCUACGCAACUGUACAUUGUACUUAAGUGUUCAAAGGUUAUUUAGUUUACUUUGUAUAUAAGGAAAGUAGCUAAAAGCACGGAGACAGGGAGGCAGGAGCACCACAGUCACUAGCCACUAAGCAGAGUAACAGUCACGAUCACGUUCACUCCAGGAUCAGGACUCGCGGCGGGAUCAGCUGACGCUGAGGAGGCUGCCACGAUGACGAUGAGUACAAACAACUGCGAGAGCAUGACCUCGUACUUCACCAACACGUACAUGGGGGCGGACAUGCAUCAUGGGCACUAUCCGGGCAACGGGGUCACCGACCUGGACGCCCAGCAGAUGCACCACUACAGCCAGAACGCGAAUCACCAGGGCAACAUGCCCUACCCGCGUUUCCCGCCCUACGACCGCAUGCCCUACUACAACGGCCAGGGGAUGGACCAGCAGCAGCAGCAGCAGCACCAGGUCUACUCCCGCCCGGACAGCCCCUCCAGCCAGGUGGGCGGGGUCAUGCCCCAGGCGCAGACCAACGGCCAGCUGGGGGUGCCACAGCAGCAACAGCAGCAGCAGCAACAGCCCACGCAGAACCAGCAGCAGCAGCAGGCGCAGCAGGCCCCGCAGCAGCAACUGCAGCAGCAACUGCCGCAGGUGACGCAACAGGUGACACAUCCGCAGCAGCAGCAACAGCAGCCCGUCGUCUACGCCAGCUGCAAGUUGCAGGCGGCCGUCGGCGGACUGGGCAUGGUCCCCGAGGGCGGGUCGCCCCCGCUGGUGGAUCAGAUGUCCGGCCACCACAUGAACGCCCAGAUGACGCUGCCCCACCACAUGGGCCAUCCGCAGGCGCAGUUGGGCUACACGGACGUGGGAGUUCCCGACGUGACAGAGGUCCAUCAGAACCAUCACAACAUGGGCAUGUACCAGCAACAGGCGGGGGUUCCGCCGGUGGGUGCACCACCCCAAGGAAUGAUGCACCAGGGCCAGGGUCCUCCCCAGAUGCACCAAGGACAUCCUGGCCAGCACACGCCCCCUUCCCAAAACCCGAACUCGCAGUCCUCGGGGAUGCCGUCUCCACUGUAUCCCUGGAUGCGAAGUCAGUUUGGUAAGUGUCAAGAACGCAAGCGCGGAAGGCAGACGUACACCCGGUACCAGACCCUGGAGCUGGAGAAGGAGUUCCACUUCAAUCGCUACUUGACCCGCCGGCGGAGGAUCGAGAUCGCCCACGCCCUGUGCCUCACGGAGCGCCAGAUAAAGAUUUGGUUCCAGAACCGGCGCAUGAAGUGGAAGAAGGAGAACAAGACGAAGGGCGAGCCGGGAUCCGGAGGCGAGGGCGACGAGAUUACGCCACCCAACAGUCCGCAGUAGACCGAGUCCGGCGGAGUCUCACCAGUUAAAUGAAAUUUCUAUCUAAAUACAAUUUACGUUAGUUCGGAGAGCGCAAAUGAAUUUACUUCGAUCCCAGAGGACUAUCUAUUACCUAUCCAAUCCGUUGAACUUCGCGUGAACUAAACUAAACAAAGAGCAGAGCUGAGAACUCUACCUACAACUUAGUUAAUUGUUAUUAUUUUCUACUUAUUAUUUAAUUGUACACAAAUGGCAAGUGGAGAAAGCGAAAUAAGAUAAACGUAAAGAUAACGAUUACGAUAAAGAUACAAGUAAAGCGUAAAACUCAAACAAAACCAACUCAUGUGACCUCAGAUCUAAAUAAGCUAUAUUUAACUAUAAUGCAUAUAUAUACACAUAAAUAUAUGGAUAACUAUACAUGAUACCAAGUAAAGCUAAAGGCAAGGAGUUAUAUAUAAAUAAAUAUAUAUAUGAAGCAUAUAUACUAUAUACACGAUAACAUUAGUUCUUACGCGUCAUAAGUACUGUACGAUUAACUUAUAUAUACACCCCUGCAUAAACCCUAAACCUAAAACAUAAACAUUAAACUAAAUCAAUGUUUGUAGCAAUCCUAGCGCAAAAGUAUAAAAUAAAAACAAAUUAAAAUCUAAAAAAA